AUCUAGCGUGGUAUUGCCUUUUUCAUAACUUACCAUUAGUCUAUAAAACGAUCAUAUUUACUCCACUGCUUUAUAUUAAUGGACGGUCAAUAAGACUUAAUGAUUUCCUCGGUGGAGUCGUUUAUUUCUAAGCCAAUAGAUAAUGCCUUCGUCAUAGUUUUCUGAGGGGGGAGAAAAGUAACUGUGCAUUUGUUCUGCAGAUGGCCAACUCCCUCUGAAUCGUGCAGAUUGGUGCUGAACACGCAACAAAAGUUUGUAGCUCUCCCCCCAGUUGCUGGUGUUUGGCCAGGGAGAGGAAACCACUUUGGAAAUAAAGCCCAAGAAGCAGUGAGAGACCCGUCUCUAACUUUUCUUCUCUGUUACCAUUGGCAAUGAAGAGGAAACAGAAGAGGUUUCUGCAGAUGACUUUGUUAUUCAUGGUGGCUUUAAUUUUCCUGCCCAAUAUUGGUCUUUGGUCUCUGUACAAGGAAAAACACCUGGUGAAAUCUACAGAGCCCGGGGAGCAGCAGACAUAUCCACUGGGCCUGGGAGAUGGGCAAUUCUAUUCAUGGACAGAUGGUUUGAGAAGAAAGGACUGGCAUGACUAUGAAAGCAUUCAGAAAGAGGCUAUGCGCUCAGGGAAAGGUGAACAUGGGAAACCUUACCCCCUUACUGAAGAUGAUCAUGACGACUCCGCUUACAGAGAAAAUGGUUUCAAUAUUUUCGUCAGCAACAACAUUGAUUUAGAAAGGUCCCUGCCAGACAUUCGCCAUGCUAACUGUAAGCACAAGAUGUACUUGGAAAGGCUGCCAAACACCAGCAUCAUUAUCCCAUUUCAUAAUGAAGGUUGGACUUCACUCCUGAGGACCAUACACAGUAUAAUUAACCGAACCCCAGAGAGUCUGAUAGCAGAAAUCAUUCUAGUAGAUGACUUCAGUGAUCGAGAACACUUGAAGGAUAAGUUAGAAGACUACGUGGCUCGAUUUUCCAAAGUGAGGAUUGUUCGCACUAAAAAAAGGGAAGGGCUCAUCCGGACCCGACUCCUGGGGGCGUCCAUGGCCAGAGGAGAGGUGCUGACCUUCCUGGACUCGCACUGUGAGGUCAACGUGAAUUGGCUGCCCCCACUCCUUAACCAAAUUGCACUAAACCACAAAACCAUCGUGUGUCCCAUGAUCGAUGUGAUUGACCACAAUCACUUCGGGUAUGAGGCACAAGCCGGAGAUGCCAUGCGAGGAGCCUUCGACUGGGAAAUGUACUACAAACGAAUCCCCAUCCCUCCAGAGCUCCAGAGGGCAGAUCCCAGCGACCCAUUCGAGUCUCCUGUUAUGGCUGGAGGACUCUUUUCUGUGAAUCGAAAAUGGUUUUGGGAACUGGGUGGCUACGAUCCAGGAUUAGAAAUCUGGGGAGGAGAACAAUAUGAAAUCUCUUUCAAGGUAUGGAUGUGUGGAGGAGAAAUGUUUGAUGUUCCAUGUUCCAGAGUUGGCCAUAUCUACAGGAAGUAUGUCCCUUACAAAGUUCCAUCUGGGACUAGCCUGGCAAGAAAUCUGAAGAGGGUGGCUGAGACCUGGAUGGAUGAGUUUGCAGAGUACAUCUACCAGCGGCGGCCCGAGUACAGGCACCUGUCCACCGGGGACAUCUCGGCACAGAAGGAGCUGCGCAAGCAACUCAAGUGCAAAGACUUCAAAUGGUUCAUGGCUGUGGUGGCCUGGGACAUUCCAAAGUACUACCCUCCGGUGGAGCCCCCACCUGCUGCUUGGGGGGAGAUUAGGAAUGUGGCAGCAAAUCUGUGUGUGGACAGCAAGCAUGGAGCCACAGGCACUGAGCUGAGGCUGGACAUCUGUGUCAAAGAUGGCUCCGAGAGGACAUGGUCUCACGAGCAGCUCUUUACCUUUGGAUGGAGGGAAGAUAUUCGGCCUGGUGAGCCACUACACACCCGCAAAUUCUGUUUUGAUGCCAUCUCCCACAACAGCCCGGUGACUCUCUAUGACUGUCAUGGCAUGAAGGGAAACCAGCUCUGGGGGUACAGGAAGGACAGAACCUUAUUUCAUCCUGUGAGCAAGAGCUGCCUGGAUUGCAACCCAGCAGAGAAGAAGAUUUUCAUGGCCACUUGUGACCCCUUCUCUGAGACUCAGCAGUGGAUUUUUGAACACAUCAACAUGACUGUUUUAGAAAAAUUUAGCCACCAUGCCAGCUCCUAGAAAGAAAAAAGGAAGAAAGAAAGGGAGUGAUUACCUACAGAUGAUGAACUCUAUUUUAGCCAGCAUCUGGGUCGAAGGAGUCAGGAAUAACAUUUCCAAGAUCCAGGAAGCAUGGUUGAAAGAUUUGUAAAUGCCAUGUCAAAGGAGGUCGUCCUGAAGAACUUCCUGCGGCUAAAGAGCUUGUCUGAGAACCUCACCAGCUGCUUCUGAGAACUCCGAGACUAGCAGUUUCCCUUGCUGGCCAAGGGGGAAGAUUAUUUAGGGACUUUUCAAAACAACUGCUGAGUUAAUCAAUCCUAGCAUUUCUCAGGUCAAAUCCUGCAGUAGUGAGUAGCUAUGAAUGGAUCCUAUUAACUGGGUGGGAGGGGGGGCGGAAAUAGGAUGCAUGAUUGCUCUGACAACCUGAGGAUCCCCACAGGUUUAGAACUAGCCACGCUUCAAGGGGUGAGCAGUACUCUUGGUGCCAUUCUCUGACUAAGAAUGGGUUAAGCCGGUUUAACCCUUAAAAGUGCUGCAGAUAAUUUUAGAGUGCUCAUACCAUUCUGUUUCAUUUUAUUCUUUUGUAAAGGGU